AUGUCCUACUUCAUGCCUCUACAAACUCAUCCAGGUCUUCUGUCUUCUGGACAAGAUGGGGCUGCUUCUCCAGGUUCGUCCCUUGGUCUCUAUAGUCCUGCAGAGCCAGUGGUGGUAGCAGCUGGUGGACUAGGCCCACUGAACCCGAAAGUUGAGGCCUGGGGCCCCACCUUGGCCGUGCCCGAAGCCAGGGACUGCUCUGGGGGUACUAGCUGGGAGACACCAUGGAGGAAGGAGUACAGCCGAUACUGCUCCAAAUUACCCCACACAAGGCAACUGGAGAGCUCGGGCUGGGCAGACCCCUGCUCCCGAAGCAGAGAUCCUCACCUGGUUGGCCCCAGCAGGCCUCAGCCCCUGCUGCUGUAUGGGCUGUCACCCGGGAUUCUGCCGAAGUCCUCAGAGGCAGGGGGGGAGGAGGCCAGCUCUCGGCCUGACGUCUGCAUCCUUACUCUGGCCAUGAUGAUUUCUGGUAUCCCCACCGUGCCUGUCCAAGACCUGAGGGAAGAAGACCUGAUUCGGGCAGCUCAAGCUUUCAUGAUGGCCCAUCCAGAGCUGGCGGGAGCACCACUGGAGGGUGCACAGUGGGAACAGGCACAUGCCCACAUGGCCUCUGGGCAGAUGCCCCUAGUGAGAUCCAGGAGGGGCCAGCCUCCUGGCUCCUGCUUGUAGUCAGACAAAAUAGCAUGAGACACAUAGGGUGGCUUCUCUGAAUGGUUUUUGGGUAGACAGGGUCAGGUGGCUGUGGCAGGGAGGGGAAGAGGGUGGGUGAUGGAGCCACCCUGAUAAAUGCCACUGCUUCAGUAGGGCUCACGUCCCCCAAGACAAGAGGUCUGCUAGGAUAAAAUUGGUUACUGAGGCAGGGAGCCUUGUUUGGAGAGUAGAGGCUUCUUUUAUAUUGAGCCUGAGAAAAU